AUGCAGCAGGACAGAGCAGAGCUGGAAGCAAGAGCUGCAAUGAGUAGAAGAAGGCUGCAUCUGAAGCAAAAACAAGAACAGCUGCUGCUGGAGCAAGAACAACUGGAUAUAGAAACAGAAAGGAACAUAAAUGAAGCCAAGCUGAGGGUGGUUGACCAGUUUGAUGUUGACAGGGAGGAGGGAGCAAGUCAAGACCCAAGAAAGUACACAGCGGGUGAAGCCAAGACAGCCAUCCUGGGCCUGCUCCACCUGAGGACAGAUGAGGCUUACUCGCAGGCGAAGGCGAGACUGAAUGACAGGUUCGGAAACGACUUCAUCAUAUCCAACACGUAUCGCAUGAAGUUGAGGAGCUGGCCCGCAAUCAAAAAUGAAGAUGGUCGUGCUCACAGAGACUAUGCUGAUUUCCUCGAGCACUGCCAAGCGGCAGCUGCGGGUCCUCUUCGCCACCUAGGAAUCCUGGAUGACUACCUGGAAAUUCAGAUGAUGGUGAAGAAGCUGCCCAAGUACCUGGUGGACAGAUGGAAGAGGGAGGUGGACAAGUGGCUCUACGAUGAAAAGGGCGUUGCUCAAAGGAGACAUCCACCAUUCUCAGAGUUUGUCCGUUUUGUCGGCAUCGAAGCCAGGAUUGCUUGCGGACCAGUGGAUGUACCCAAGUGUGAAGAAACGCGGCAAGCCCCACAGAAGACACAGAAGCCUGUUUGUGAAGCCCUGAAAGUCGACGGAAGAGCCACGAAACUGGAGCUGAGCACUAUGACGGGGAAGUCGGUCAUCAACAGCCGAGCGGUACAGGGUCUGGUGAUCCAGCCCCUGACAGCAGAUGAAGCCAUCAGACUGCCAUCAACCUACACUCGUCCUGAAAUCCCAUGCUCCAAGAAGGUCGUUCCUAAAAGGGAGACAGCCAUGAAGUGGAAGCAUCUGGAGAGAGUAGCCAGUAAAAUGCCGGAGUUCUUCCCUGGCGCACCAGUGGCUCUGCUUUUGGGGACCAACUGUUCACGCGCCAUCAAGCCACUGGACGUGGUUUCUGGUAAGGACGACGAGCCCUGGGCGAUCCGAACCCACCUGGGGUGGGGCAUCGUUGGCUGUCUCGGUGGGAGCAACGACCCGGACACGACGUGUCAUCUGGUGGACACUAGCGAUGGUCACCCCAAACGUUGUCAUUUCGCCUUCAGAUCGCAGGUGCGCGAGGUGAGCCCACUGGAGGUGCUGAAGGUGCUCGAAUCCGACUUCCAGGAGACUGGCCGAGAGGAUAAGACAGCUUUAUCGAUCCAGGAUCGACAGUUUGUGAAGAAGAUGAGUGAGGGACUCGAGCACCGCGAGGAUGGCCAUUUUCAGAUGCCGCUGCCACUGAAGAAUAACAAAGUGUCCAUGCCAAACAACAAGACAGUCGCCAUGCAAAGACUCAAAGGACUGAAGGCGAAGCUGGUGAGAAACGAGGCCUACAGACACGACUACACCGGCUUCAUGGCGGCGACGUUAGAGAAGGGCUACGCAGAGAAAGUCCCCAGUGAAGAACUGGAGCUGGAUGAUGGCAGGGUUUGGUACAUUCCGCAUCACGGGGUGUACCACCCACAAAAGAACAAGCUUCGAAUCGUAUUUGACUGCAGUGCAGAGUUUCGGGGUCACGUGCUAAACAGCCACCUCUUACAGGGACCGGACCUCACAAACAGCCUCACCGGAAUCCUGUGCCGUUUCCGUAAGGAGCCUGUGGCGGUUUUCUGCGACUUGGAGGCGAUGUUCAACCAAGUGGGAGUCGACGUCAGGGAUCGCAACUUGCUCAGGUUCCUGUGGUGGGAGGAUGGCGACUUGAAAAGAGACCCAACUGAGUAUCGGAUGAAGACUCACCUAUUCGGUGCCACCUCGUCACCCGCGUGUGCAAUGUUUGCACUCAGAGCUGCUGCUGAUUGUCAGCGAGGUGACACUGAAAGAGAGGCCGCCGACUUUAUGAAAGGUGAUUUCUAUAUUGACGACGGUCUCAUCUCUGUACCAGACGCCGAGACAGCCGUCAAACUGAUUGACACGACCAGAAAGCUCUGCGCACGUGGAGGCUUCACUGUUCACAAGAUCCUCUCGAACAGCAUUGAUGUCGUGAAGUCGGUGCCGAUGGAGAGUCGCUGCGAUGGACUUCGGAGUCUAGAUGUCGGUUCCGGUGAUCUUCCCGUUGAGCGGACUCUGGGAAUCGACUGGGACACGGACACCGACACGUUAUCCAUCCACGUCACGCCGAGAGUCAGAGAAGUGACCAGAAGAGGAAUACUAUCAGUAGUAAGUUCGUUUUUUGACCCACUGGGCCUGGUGUCUCCUUUCAUCUUGAGAGGGAAAUUGCUACUGAGGGAGCUGUGUCGUGAGGGCUGCGGAUGGGACGAUCCCGUGCCCAUCGAUGUGGCUGACGCAUGGAAGGAGUGGAUGGAGAGUAUGUUGGCUCUGAAGAUCGUGAGUGUUCCACGAUGCUAUGUGGAAGGUGGGCUGCAGGACAAGAUGACUGUAGAGCUGCAUCAUUUCUCCGACGCCAGCGCUGUGGGCUACGGGCAGUGCAGUUACGUGAGGACGGUUGACCGAAAUGGACUGGUCAACUGUUCACUGAUCAUCAGCAAGGCUCGUGUGGCACCAACCAAGCCGGUUACGGUGCCAAGGCUCGAGUUGACCGCUGCCGUACUCUCUGUGAGGAUGAGCAAGUUCCUCCAGGACGAACUGAAGCUGCAGCACCUACAAGAGUUCUACUGGACAGACAGUAAGGUGGUGUUAGGCUACAUUUCGAACGAAGCGAGACGUUUUCACGUUUAUGUCGCGAAUCGAGUUCAGGAAAUUCGCAACCAUACUGAGCCAAGUCAGUGGAGGCACGUGACAAGUGAGGAGAAUCCAGCCGAUCUUGCCUCCCGAGGCAUCAGAGCCGAGGAACUGGUGGACAGUGCCUUGUGGUGGCACGGACCUGCCUUCCUGUCCCGUGCGGUCCUGCCGGAGGGCGAGGGACCACGGGAGGUUGGAGACGAAGAUCCUGAGGUGAAGUCACGCUCUGCUUUCAGCUUCGCCACAGCAGUGCGGGAGGAGUUCGCUGGAAUUCCGAAGAGGCUCGAGUACUUCUCUAGCUGGUGGCGAGCCAAGCGAGCAGUAGCGACGUGCGUCCUGUACGUGAGGAAACUUCACCACCUCGUGAUGAUGAAGAGGAGUGCCGUGCAGUCACGAGAUGUUCCGAAAACGCAAGUCGGAGUAGAAGAACUGGAAGAAGCAGAGAGGAUCAUUCUGACAGCAUUGCAGCGACAGGAGCUGCCAGGUGAAGUCGACCGCGCUGGACGAUCGGGACAGGCAAGGACGGUGGGAGCCGGCCGGCGGACCGCCACGGUUCCCAAAGAGUUGUCUCGUCUCGAUCCAGUUGUGCGAGACGGGUUGAUCUGUGUUGGUGGGAGGCUUCGCAGGAGCGGUUUUCCAGAGAGUGAGGUGCACCCUGUUAUCAUCCCCGACCGAAGCCAUGUGACGUAUCUGAUCGUCAAGGAGUGCCAUGAGAAAGUCGGACAUGCUGGGCGAGGUCUCACUCUCGCUCGACUGAGGUCAUCUGGCUACUGGGUUGUCGGAGGGAGACGAUCGGUGGCACGCCUGAUUCUGAAGUGUGUCAACUGCAAGAAGCUCCAAGGCCACGUUCUGAAUCAGAAGAUGGCCGACCUGCCGCAUGACAGACUGGAACCUGCGGCGCCUUUCACCUAUUCAGGCGUGGACUUGUUUGGUCCAUUCCUGGUACAGGAGCGACGGAGUGAAGUGAAAAGGUGGGGCGUUCUCUUCACGUGCAUGUCGUCUCGGGCAGUGCAUAUCGAGACGGCAAACUCACUGUCGACGGACUCUUUUCUUAACGCCUACAGACGGUUUGUGAGCCGAAGAGGCCCGGUGAGGGUGCUGCGAAGUGACAGAGGCACAAACUUCGUGGGCGGGAAGAGAGCCUUAGAGCAGGCUUUGGACGAGAUGGACGACGACAGGAUACGCAGAGAGCUGGUGAAGGAGAACUGCGACUGGGUCAUCUUUCGGAUGAAUGUCCCAACAGCCAGCCACGCAGGAGGCGUCUGGGAGCGCAUGAUUCGCUCCGCUCGGGCUGUCUUGGGCGGUCUCGUUCAGGAAUGUCACGGGGCUCGGCUGGAUGACGAGCUCCUGCGAACGCUGCUGUGCGAGGUGGAAGCUAUCUGA